CGCGCCUCUGGCCCCCAGACCCCGAGGACGCGGCCAUGCCGGGCGGGGCCGAAGCGGAGGAGGCCGAGGAGGAGGCCGGGGCCGGCUCGGGGUCCGAGGCGGAGGAGGACGCGCUGUGGGAGCGCAUCGAGGGCGUCCGGCACCGGCUGACGCGCGCGCUCAACCCGGCCAAGCUCACGCCGUACCUGCGCCAGUGCCGGGUCAUCGACGAGCAGGACGAGGAGGAGGUGCUCAGCACCUACCGCUUCCCGUGCCGCGUCAACCGCACCGGACGUCUGAUGGACAUCUUGCGCUGCCGUGGCAAGAGGGGCUACGAGGCCUUCCUGGAAGCCCUAGAAUUCUACUACCCUGAGCACUUCACACUGCUCACGGGCCAGGAGCCUGCCCAGCGCUGCUCCAUGAUCCUCGACGAGGAGGGGCCCGAGGGCCUGACUCAGUUCCUGAUGACGGAGGUGCGGCGGCUGCGCGAGGCUCGCAAGAGCCAGCUGCAGCGGGAGCAGCAGCUGCAGGCUCGGGGCCGGGCGCUGGAGGAGGAGCGGGCGGGCCUGGAGCAGCGGCUGCGGGAGCAACAGCAGGCGCAGGAGCGCUGCCAGCGGCUGCGGGAGGACUGGGAGGCGGGCAGCCUGGAGCUGCUGCGGCUCAAGGACGAGAACUACAUGAUCGCCAUGCGCCUGGCCCAGCUCAGCGAGGAGAAGAACUCGGCCGUGCUGCGCAGCCGUGACUUGCAGCUGGCGGUGGACCAGCUGAAGCUCAAGGUGAGCCGGCUGGAGGAAGAGUGCACGCUGCUGCGAAGGGCCCGGGGGCCGCUCCCCGGGGCGGAGGAGAAGGAGAAGGAGAAGGAGAAGGAGAAGGAGAAGGAGAAGGAGAAGGAGAAGGAGAAGGAGCUGGACAACGCCGACCUCGUCUCGGAGCUGCGCGCCGAGAACCAGCGGCUGACAGCGUCGCUGCAGGAGCUGCAGGAGGGCCUGCAGCAGGAGGCCAGCCGGCCGGGGGCCCCAGGCUCGGAGCGCAUCCUCCUGGACAUCCUGGAGCACGACUGGCGGGAGGCUCAGGACAGCAGGCAGGAGCUAUGCCAGAAGCUGCACGCCGUGCAGGGGGAGCUGCAGUGGGCCGAGGAGCUGCGGGACAAGUACCUGCAGGAGAUGGAGGACCUGCGGCUGAAGCACCGCACGCUGCAGAAGGACUGCGACCUGUAUAAGCACCGCAUGGCCACCGUCCUGGCCCAGCUGGAGGAGAUCGAGAAGGAGCGGGACCAGGCCAUCCAGAGCCGCGACCGCAUCCAGCUGCAGUACUCGCAGAGCCUCAUCGAGAAGGACCAGUACCGCAAGCAGGUGCGGGGCCUGGAGGCCGAGCGCGACGAGCUGCUGAGCACGCUCACCGGCCUGGAGGGUGCCAAGGCCCUGCUGGAGGCUCAGCUGCAGCGGGUCCAGGGCAGCCCCUGCCUCAAGGCCUGCGCCUCCUCCCAUUCCCUGUGCUCCAACCUGAGCAGCACCUGGAGCCUGAGCGAGUUCCCCUCCCCGCUGGGGGGCCCGGAAGCAGCCGGGGAGGCAGCUGUCACGGGAGGAUCUGAGCCCCUCACCUCGGAGGAGGCCACAGACAGCGAGAAGGAGAUCAACCGGCUCUCCAUCCUGCCCUUCCCCCCCAGCGCAGGCUCCAUCCUCCGCCGGCAGCGCGAGGAGGACCCCGCACCCCCGAAGAGGUCCUUCAGCAGCAUGUCGGACAUCACAGGGAGCGUGACGCUUAAGCCCUGGUCCCCCGGCCUCUCCUCGUCCUCGUCCUCCGACAGCGUGUGGCCUUUGGGAAAGCCGGACUGCCUCCUGGCCAGAGGCUGUGGCCUGGAUCUCCUCAACAGGUCUCUGGCCAUCCGGGUGUCUGGCCGGAGCCCCCCGGGGGGGCCGGAGCCCCAGGACAAGGGCCCAGAUGGCUCGUCGUUCCUUGGGGACAGCUGGUCCGGGGCCGUGGUGCGGAGGGUGCUCUCUGGGCCCGGGUCGGCCAGGGCGGAACCAAGAGAGCCAAGGGCCGAGGCUGCUGGCCUGGAGGGGGCGGGCUUGGAGGGCGAGGCCCUGCAGAGAACCUUGCCCUGGAACCAGGUGUCCACGCUCCCCUUCCUGUUGGACGACAAGGCCUGCCAGUCCUUCCAUGAGGCCCUGGACGCCUGGGUGAAGGGGCUGUGUGCUGAGCCUUUCUACAUUCGAGCCAACCUCACCCUGCCCGAGCGGGCCGACCCCCAUGCCUUAUGCGUGAAAGCCCAGGAGAUCCUGCGGCUGCUGGACCCAGCGUACAAGCGGCGGCGGGAGUGGUUCUGCACCCGGGUCGACCCCCUCACGCUGCGCGACCUGGACCGGGGCACUGUGCCCAAUUACCAGAGAGCCCAGCAGCUCCUAGAAGUUCAGGAGAAAUGCCUGCCCUCCAGCCGGCACCGAGGGCCCCGCAGUAACCUGAAGAAGCGAGCCCUGGACCAGCUGCGGCUGGUGAAGCCCAAGCACCUGGGGAGCCCUGCGGGGGAGCCCCCAGAGCAGCUGCUGCUGGAGCCCUGCUCGGAGCCAGAGCGCAGCCUCAAACCCUACAGCCUGGUGCGGCCGCUGCUGGUGUCCGCCCUGCGGCCCGUGGUGCUCCUGCCCGAGUGCCUGGCGCCCCGCCUCAUCCGCAACCUGCUGGACCUGCCCAGCUCCCGGCUGGACUUCCAAGUGUGCCCAGCAGAAAGCCUCUCUGGGGAGGAACAGUGCACGUCCUCAGCACCUGGAGCCCCCAAGGCCUGGCCCGCCACCCCCGGGCUGGGCAGCCGGAUCCGCGCCAUCCAGGAGUCUGUCGGGAAGAAGCACUGUCUGUUGGAGCUGGGCGUGCGGGGUGUGCGGGAGCUGGUCCAGAACGACAUCUACCCCAUCGUCAUCCACGUGGAGGUGACCGAGAAGAAUGUCCGGGAAGUCAGGGGUCUGCUGGGCCGGCCGGGCUGGCGGGACUCGGAGCUGCUGCGGCAGUGCCGGGGCUCGGAGCAGGUGCUCUGGGGGUUGCCCUGCUCCUGGGUGCAAGUGCCCGCGCACGCGUGGGGCCACGCGGAGGAGCUGGCCAAGGUGGUGCGCGGCCGCAUCCUGCAGGAGCAGGCCCGCCUCGUGUGGGUGGAGCGCGGCAGCAGCAGAGGCAGUGGCAGCAGCGAGGCCUGAGGGCCCCUCCUAGGCCCUCCUCACGCACUUCAGAAGCUGCCAGCGGGACCCUGGUGUCUUCAGUGGAGCCGGCCCCUCCCCAUCCUGAGCCUUCCUGGACCCUUGGACUCUCUGAUGGGGGGCCCUCGGCUCUGGGCUCUCUCCCCGGAGUGAGCCUGCGAGGGCCCUUGGCGCAGAGCUCCCAUCGCCCCGUCCUUGCUGCUCUGGGUCUUCCCGUGUGCCCCUGUGUCUCCGUGUCCCCUCUCAUGGGUCUCAUGCACGUGUCUGCGUCCUCUCCCUCAUUGCUCACCCGGAGCAUCUGAGUUCUCAUUCCCAUGCACAGGUUUGCACACCCAAGUUCUCACAGGUCAGGCUGACGUCUGUCCCCACCCCCCGGCACGUGAGUCUCCCAGGUUCUCAGCCCGCUCUGCUCGUAGGAGCCCCGAGCCCGUCACACGUGACUCCUGCCGUCCAGCUCACUUUCUUGUGUGUACCUCCACAUGUGGGCCUCGUGGCUUCCCUGGUCUGCUGUCCCCUGUGCCCUCUGUG